UGCAUCUUUGUUGCUGUCAUGGAUCUCUCAAGUUGGCCCACGCGCAAAUUUGAAUUGAAAGUUGAAAAAGAAAAAGCCAACAAGAUUGACCACAACCAAAGCGACAGCAUUUAAGAGGAAGCCGACGGACUACGUGUCAUUUUGACUUGCCGACUGCCCUCGACGCAUGAAUUGAGGCCGGCGGAGGAAGGGGACUGGAAGGGGGAGGAGGGGAAGCAGGAGGAGGAGACGGUGAGAGUAUUUCUAUUUAUUAAAAACAGAAGAUAAAGUCAUAUCUCUCCCUCUCGUCUUCUUUAUAACUACUAUUGCUAUAUAAGGAAGAAGAUAUCUCCCUCUCUCUCUCUCUUUCUCGCUCUCUCUCCUGUGAAGGGAAGAAGGGAGGGCGAACACAAAUUCACCGCAUUUCCUCUUCGAAUUUCCAAUUUUGAAAGCGCAACCUUAUAGGCUUAUACCGAUGAAUACGAAACAAGACGAUUCUGAAAGAGUGAAAUCUAUCUAAUUAUAAGAGCCUCUCUCUCUCUCUCUCAAGGCCAGGGAAAGAAACGACACAUCCAAAAUUUACCUCAGAAUAACCCGUCCACUUCCCGCUCUCUCUGUGGAAAGAUGCCAUUCUGCGAGUUGAGCAAGUAUCAGACAGCAGAGGAUGGAUCAAUAUCCACCAAUGGGUUGAAAAUUUUCUACCAGACAUAUGGUCGUGGAUUCACCAAGGUCCUCCUCAUAAUCGGUUUGGCAGGCACCCAUGAUUCAUGGGGUCCUCAGAUCAGAGGAUUGACAGGAACAGACACGCCCAACAACCAAGAAUGUCAACAACAACCGCCUCGAUUGGUGGCCGUUGAUCCUGAAUCCAACGUCUCGGAAGAUGGUGAUGGCGGGGAUGGUGGUGCAUCCAUCCUUGCUGAUUAUGGCAUUGAGGUGUGUAGUUUUGACAAUCGUGGGGUUGGUCGGAGCUCUGUGCCUAAAGACAAAGGCAUGUACAACACAACCAUCAUGGCGAAGGAUGCCUUAGCCCUCAUGGAUCAUUUAGGCUGGAAGAAAGCUCACGUCUUUGGACAUUCAAUGGGUGCCAUGAUAGCCAGCAAAGUAGCAUCUAUUGCACCAGGCAGAGUUUUGUCGUUGGCGUUACUAAAUGCAACGGGUGGAGGUUUUGAAUGCUUCCCUAGGAUUGACAGAAAAUUUGUGUCGGUUGCAAUCCGUUUCUUGAAGGCAAAGACUCCUGAGCAAAGAGCUGCAGUUGAUUUAGAUACCCAUUAUACAGAGGAAUAUCUGAAUGAAAAGGUUGGAAACCACACCAGAAGGGACCUUUUACACCAGGAGUAUGUGAAGGGCAUCUCCUCUACCGGCAUGCAAUCGAACCAUGGUUUUGAAGGACAAGUGAAUGCUUGCUGGAUGCACAAAAUAACAUCAAAGGAGUAUGACAUUGUCCGCUCGUCUGGUUUUCUUGUUUCAAUCAUUCAUGGCAGGGAUGACAUAAUUGCUCAAAUUUCUCAUGCAAGAAGAAUAGCAAAGAAGUUAUAUCCUGUAGCCAGAAUGGUAGAACUCCACGGUGCCCAUCUGGUGAGCCACGAGAGACCUGAGGAGGUGAAUGAAGCUCUAAUGGAUUUAAUCAAGGCCUCAGAAUCUAAGUUGGAUGCAGAUGAAUGGACUAACUUGUGCAAUAUUCAAACAAGUCGGGAGAUGACAACACUGACAUGGAUUAGGAGGACAAGUGGAAGCUGUUCAAGCAGUAUGCUGGAAUUGAUUAUGAAGCUACAGCUUGUAUUAUUGUACUUUUUUGGCCUAUUUUUGUUGCUGUUACAGCAUGGGAAAAAGUUAUUUCAGAACCUAAAGCCAAUGAGAAUUGCAGCUGCAGCAUCAUAAGCCCGUGCAGAUUCAAGUAAAUGAUGUACCUAACAAUAAAGCGUUGAAAAGAAGAGAGCUUAUGAGACAUGGAGAGGCAGACUGCUUGAUUCCUUUGGAAAUGAAAACUACAAGUAAUGACCCGUGAAAUGACACGUACAGAGGAGGAUUUUGCAUGGAGCAUUUUGAAGAGACUGAAAUACAUGACGACAAGCCAUCUAGAAGCACAUCUCUGCCGUUUGUGGUGCAAGAUAUGAUCGACACUCCUCGACGGUGGCACUCUGUUCGUCCAAGUCACAAAGUGGCUAGACGGUUUGCAGGAUGCUGAAAACUAACCUUGUGAUGAAGAGUUCCAAGCAUGUAGUUUUCCAUGUCAUGGAAGUUGAAUUGAUGAAUUCUAACGUGCGUGAAUGAGGACCUGAACCCAAUAAUGGUUGGUCGAAGGACAGAAAGAGAGAAAACACAAAUGUUUUUUGUCAGAAGAAUCCAACCCCUUCAAAUGACAAUGAGAAAUCUGACCAUAUUAAACAGGACAUUUGAUACCAUAUACUGGUUGCUGUAAGAACGAAGCUAAAGAAGAAAGACAUCAGAUAUGAAAAUUUAUACAUUUUGGGUUAUAUGUUUA